GGGAGAGGAGAGAGUAGCCCACAGUGUGUUGCUCAGUUUUACUCAACACUGAAACUUUCUCAACUCUUAAUUUCAACCCCUUCUUUUAAUUCCAGCGCUGAAAUGUCGACCACCGGGAGCCCCCCGGUCUUUGAGGGGAUGUACUCCAAGCUGAUAGACAACGAGGGCACAUAUGACGAGUUCAUCCAGAGGCCAGAUGUGGGACACGGCGCUCACCCAGUCCCCCCAGUCAGACUGAUGACCAGGUCGAGCGGCCCCGGGCCCUACCGCCUCGCCACCAUCUGCCUGGCUACGCUGUGUGCCGUCCUGGUGAUCUCCAUCAUAGGCGUCACUGCACAUUAUAAGAACAAACCUCAGGGUGGUGGUGAAGCGACCUCAGAGAUACAGAAGCAGAUACAGGACGUUAACGUGUCGACUCUAAUCGCUACCAUCACCAAACUGCAACAGGAGAAAAACCUGCUGCAGAAAGAGAGAGAUGAGCUGCUGGCCAAACUGGCUGCCACUAAUGCGCCUGAGGUGAUCACGACAAAGGCGGCGCCGGCCCCUAUAACCUGCCCCGUGGACUGGCAUCUCUUCAAUAACAGCUGUUACUUCAUCUCUAGAACCACAAGGGAUUGGCCAGAAAGCCAGUCGUACUGCCAGAGCCAAGGAGGUCACCUGGCCAUUAUCCACACGGCCGAGGAGCAGACGUUUCUGUGGGAUCUUCUUCCCAGAGGACACUGGAACGCCUUCUGGUUUGGGAUCACUGACGAGCACACGGAGGAUCAUUGGAAAUGGGUGGAUGGCACAACCCUGGUCGGAGGUUUUUGGGAGGACGGCGAGCCCAACAACCACAUCGACGAAGACUGUGGCUACAUUGUGAAAACACGCGUGUUGACGCGAGUGGCGAUCCGGAGCUGGUACGACGCCCCCUGCAGCAUGUACUGCCGCUUCAUCUGUGAGAAGGAAAUGGGAGAUGGCGCCAGCACCGCCAUACCACACUGAGACGUCAACACCUCUUUGAUCAUCUGGGAAAAACAAGGAGAGGAAGUUAACCAUUCGGGUUGUAACACGCUGCUGGAUGAACAGCGGCUUUUUGUCAGUUUUCUCUGAAGACCUGGCUGAUAUUUUUCCUCAUGUUUAAAUUCACACAUUAUUUAGAUGUGACUCUAUUCAGUCUGAUAUUGAGGUUCAUCUGUUGAACUUUUUUCCCUGGCAUUAAUUAGUGGUGUGUUGGAUGCAUGGAUGGUCUGCUGUGUCCAGAACACCAGCAAGGUUGAAAGUGUUUUAUUGACAUGGGUUUACAGCCAUAUGAAGACAAUUAAAGGUAGCUGUCCUCUGCAAUAGUGACUGUUCUUUCAAUUUCACUCAUGCUAUUAUUUUAACCUCCUACAUAUUACUUAUUUUUUGGUAAGAGUAUAAUGAACAUCAGCAUUUAAAAAAACUUUUUUAGAUUAUUAAGGGACUUUUAAGGUUUCUAAAAAAGGGUGGAAAAAGACAUUUAAAUUGUAGAAUGAUUGAGGCGAAACUCACAUCAAUUUAAUUAAUAAAGUCCAAUUAUGAUUGACGCUAGUCAGUUAUAUUAAAUAAUUACUUUGUGCAUUCUGGAGGCAACAUUGUUAAAAUAAAAGUAUUAAAAAUGAGCGGUUGAGCCAUUUGUAGAAUUAAUAGUCAGCUGGAAAAAUGUUUAUCCUUAAUGUUUAUACAAUUUAUACAUAGCCUGAUUUAGUAAAUUUAUUAAAUUAGUAAAUCAGUUACUAAGAGCCCAGGAAAAACUGCUGCAACUCAGCCCUCUUCUCCCUUAAUGGAAAUGAACUUAAUUCAAUUAACAAUGCAGCAAUUUACAUAAAAAUUUGUGUUGAUACAAAUUCAAUUUAUAUACCAAUAGCCAAUCAACAUAGAGAUUACCACACUGUGGUUUUACAGUUUAUCUGUGCCUUGUACCAUGUAGAUAAAAUCAUAGUUUUUUCAUUCAAGAUAAAUGUGAAUGUUUUCAUGUCAUUGAUAUGUGUGUGUGAAAUUGGUCGUGAUAUGAAUUAUGUUUGAGAUUGUCUGAUCUAAAAUAUUAGUGAUGCCACCACUUCAGUAAGAAUGAGUCAGUUGAAUCUGGUGCACUUGUGAUUGAGCAGCAUGAAUAAUUUAUGCAGAAAUGUGUCCUGUGGAUCCUGUAAAAUAAAGUUGUGUUUCGUA